GCAACCAUGGGAUGGGGACGUGGGGUAACAGGGACCAUCUCUGGGAUGAGGAUGUGGAGUUAUAGGGACCAUGAAUGUGAUGGGGAUUUGGAGUUAUAGGGACCAUCACUGGGAUGGGGAUGUGGGGCUGCAGUGAGCAUCUAUAGGACAGGGACAUGGACUUUAAUGGAGCAUCUGUGGGACAGGGAUGGGGGAGCACAGGAUCACCUGUGGCUCGGGACAUGGGGCUGCAGGAGCAUCCGUGGAUCGGGACACGGGGCCACACGAACAUGCUUCUCCCGUCGGGGGCCGCUCCGGGGCCGGGGGUCGUGCGGGGGCCGGUGCGUCACGGGGCGGGCGCGUUGUGGCCGGCGCGUUACCGGCCCCGGCACAUCACCCCACCGGCUGCCACAGCAACGGGGCCCGGCCUCACCGGGACGGUAACCCCUUCGCCGCGGGCGGCGGGACCCGGAAUGCGCCGCGGCUCCGGGCAGCGGCUCCAGCAUCCCGGCUCUCCCCGUGCUCCGUGCAUCCCCGCACGGAGCCGGGCCGGGCCGGGCCGCCCCGCGGGGGCGGGCUGCGGGGCUCUAUAAGGCGGCUCCACGGCGGCGGGCGGGUCGGUGCCAUGUGCGAGCCGGGGAUGCUCUGUCGCCUCCUGCUCCUCCUCCUGCUGGCAGCCACCCCCGGAGCGGCCCCCGGCACCGGAGCGGCCCCGCCGGGACGGCCCCGAGCCCGCCGCGGGCUCACCUACCCCGGGACGCUGUGGUGCGGAGCGGGCAGCAACGCGGAUACCUACGAGCAGCUGGGGGAACAUCGGGACACAGACCGGUGCUGCCGGGACCAUGACCACUGCCAGCACGUCAUCCACCCCUUCACCGCCCGCUACGGGUACCGCAACCUGCGCUGGCACACCAUCAGCCACUGUGACUGCGACCGCCGGCUGAAGGAGUGCCUGCGGCGGGUGAACGACACGGCGUCGCGGGUGGUGGGCCAGGCCUUCUUCAACGUCAUCCAGGUGCCCUGCUUCGAGUUCACCUACAAGGAGGAGUGCGUGGAGCCCUACCUCUACGUCUGGUGCAAGGCGUACAACACGGUGGCUGUCGCGGUGCCCAGGGAACCGGUGCUGUAUGAAUUUGGCGGGGAGCUGAUCGACCGGGCAGCGAGGCCUGAGGGGGUCCCUCUGAGCCCCCCGUGGAGCAGCGUGGGAGGAGGAGCCAUUCCAGCACCUGUCCGCCCGCUGAUUCCCCCCAAGGCAGCCAAGAAAGAGAGGAAGCGGAAGAAGAAAGACAAGAAAAAGAAGGGGAAAGGUCUGAAAAAGAAAGGUCUUUCUGAAAACAGGGAGCUGAGCCGUCCUGCAGCCGCUGCUCCCACUGCGCAGGACCCACGGGUCCCGCUGCCAGAUUUGGAGGAAGCCAAUGCCAUCCUGAGCGAUGCUCCGGCAUGGGGGGAAUUGGGCAGGGAACGAGCCCCAGCCCCCCCAUCCCCGGUCCCCACUGCCAGCAGGAAGAGGAGGAGGAAGGAGAGAUACAGAAAGAAGAGGCUGAAAAGCAAAGCUGAGGCAGAGCCUGCGCAAGAGCCGGGGCUGCGGACCUGACUUCCCCCUUGCCCCGCGCAGGUCUGGGCUGUGUAAUAAAGCUGGUGGCUCGAGCAGA